AAGAAAAGUGUGACUUUCCAAUUAGAUGAAACUGCAAGAUAAGUUCACCAUUUCUCGAAAGCUACCGAAAUUUUCCCCCGCAAAAAUGGAUGACGCCACCGAACAGGAGGUGUUCAACCGAAUGCAGAUGACACAAUUCGAGGAGAAGCGCUUCGAGUUGGUGGUUAUAAGGGCAGAGGAUACGGUAGUUGUCGAGCCGUUGAGACAGCGUGAAACUUGCCCGAAAUGCCACCAAAUACUCAGCUCGGAGCUCUCCCGUCUAUGGCACCAAUUUGUCCAUAUGGAUGCAUAUAACGGAUUUCUAGAUGGAAAAUUUCAGAUUCAGCUACCAGAUUUUGAAUUUGUAAUUCCCUGUCCAUUUUCCACGUGUAGCCUACUAUUUUUGGACCUCAUUGAUGCGAGAUUCCAUUACCUCCUGGAGCACCAAUCCUGCCAACUAUUUUGCUGUGGAGUACGGUUUUCAGACUAUAAGACUGCUUUGGAGCAUUUACAAGGAACUGGAUCUGUUGAAACAGAAGCUUGGGAUCAGCAGAAACAUUUUUUGAAGCCAGUUUACAUCUGCAACUGUUGCAAUCGUACUUGGUCGUCACGUAACGAGUACGUGGCACAUUUACACGGCCGGGAUCAUAUGUGCCCGGAUCCGGUGUGCAAGUACAUUUUUGAAACUAAUGAGAAGUGUAUCCGACACUUUUUUGAGCAGCAUUAUAAACACCUAUUCCUAGACUCCAGGCACCUACUUCUCAACUACAAGUACUUUUUGCGCUACCAGGAGAAGCAGGAGGAACGAGCAUAUGGCUUAUAUGUGUGUACCACAUGUCAACGCCGAUUUCGGGACAACAAGGGGUUUCAGAGCCACGUGGCAAGCCAGAAUUGUGAAUUUUUUGAUAGAAAGUUUUUUGUACAAGUGAUUGCUUGCAAAUGUGGUCACCAAUUCAAGUAUUGCUAUUACCAACGUGACGUGCUUUUACGAAACCUGCCAGUUUUACGUGAAGCCAUGGAGCAUGUGGAGCGAGAGGCUCCGUUCAAUAAUAUGCCCGAAGAUGUGUGCAAUAUCUACCGAUCCAUAAUUGUGGUGAUCAUUGAUGUGAAUCAACGUCUUAUCAACGAGAAAUUCACAAAUUAUCAGCGAACAAGCCCACUGAAACAUUCCUCGUUUACGCCACGACAGAUGGCCAAGCUCUUAUUGGAAGUAGUGGACUACUUUUGGAAGAUUAUGUAGGAAGUUGAUAAACUUGCUUGUUUUAAUGAUAUUUAUACCUUUUCAACUACAUAAAGACCAUAACUAUA